UGGUAAUUCUAUUGUGGACGAAGCCUCACAUCUUCCACAAUAUGCCAUAACUCUGCAAAGAGUUGGUACUGAUAUUGAUUUAUCGAUAACCCUGAUGAAUCCCAGUGAAAUUAAGCAAAAAUGUACCGUCAGUUUGGUUUCGAUGAUGAUUCUUCUAGUGGGAGAUAGCAAUAAUAACAUUUUGCUCUAUGAGAAAUAUUCACACUCUUACAUGUUGGACACACUCGAAGUGCGACGUUCCUUCAAAAUCACAGACGCGAAUCUGGAAUUUAUCAAAGCUUGCUAUAUAAGCGACAACUGGGUGGGAUUUGACUGUUGCUGCAAAUUGACCAUUUCCACAAAUACGACAAAUAGUGUAGAGAAUCUUUCUACAAACAAGAAACAAACAUGUUUGGAUUCGUAUAUGGGUAUGAAUAAAGUGAAAAAGCCUAGGACUUAUAAAAUGAAAACUGAUGCUAAAAUACCUGUAAAAGAAACGAAUAAGCCAAAUACUAAAGCUAUAAUACAAGAUGGAAGAGAAUGUGAAGCAACAACUGAAAAUAUGAAUAGCCAAGAAGUAAAGAAAUCACCUCUAUGUGACGUUAAGAAAGGAGGAGACAAUCCAAAAGUUGAACUUCUAGAUUCGAAGUCCAUCGGAAAUUUUAACAAAAGCACGUACAAAUUCAAAAAAACCAGAGAGAAAACCACAGAGCAAUUAGACGAAAAAGUGUUGUCAUUAUCAUCAAUAUUAGAUGAAGAACAAAGCUCUGAACUUAAAAGAGGCGUAGCUGAAAGUAGGAAUUGCGAUGAUCAGUGGAAGCUAGUGGAAGUUAGUGGUCGUACUUCUGAUGAUGCAAGUAAUGAGCAAAGAAUGAGUGCAACCGUUAACCCGCCUACAAACAAUGGUAAUGAAACUGUGACUACAAAGAAAAAAAAGGCCACCCACCUUUUAGGCGCACAAACCAUUAAGCCUUCUGAGGAAACGAAUCAAUUUGAGCAAUGCUUGGAAGAUAGCAAAUUGAACUGCACCUUCAUUAAAAAUAUGUCAAAGAAGUAUCUUUUCGAAACAAAUCAGCCAAACGUGAAUGAAUGUAUGGAAAAUAAAGAUGAUUCUUCACAUGGUAAUCCAAAGGAAAUAAUGGAUAAUCCAGAUUCGACAGUUGAUCACGUAGAGUUCAGAAGGUAUUUUGGUUCACCAGAACCGAAAAAUCAACGGAGGUCUAUUAAUGGAUCCGCCUUCGAUUUCUUUCCUCAAAAGUCAAUAAAAUGGAGAUCACCACUCGUCCAUUCACCCACAGUAAAAUAUUCGCCUCUGAGACCAGCUGAUUUCAAUUUUGAGGGCGAACGAGUUGACCAUCUUAAGGAGAAUGUAGAUUCCAUGGGAUUUCAAGACAGUUUCUCCAGUAAAAAUUCAAAUGCAACAGAUAAUUCGGAUAAGCAAGCCAACCAUUUUAUGGAGCCAGUAAAAAAGAAAUCCAAACAUCAGUUUCCACUGACUGAUCAAGAAUAUACUGAGGAUGCAAACGAAUCAUUUAGCACAAGGCUUAAGGGAUUGGAAGACAUUUGCGACCCAGAAUAUUUUGGUCUAUCUAACAGAAGAAAGGAAUCGGCUGUGAAAUACUACAGUAAACUUAUGAAUACCAAUACCAGAACAGAUGAAAACAGUAUCAAACCACAUAGAAAUAAUAUGCCUCAAUCUGGCACAGGUCAAAACUCUGCUGAUAAUAAAGCUGAGACUUUUCAGGCAACACAAGAUUUGUUCUCUCAGAGCGAUUUUUUGGCAAUGUCAAAGGAAUUGGAUAUAUCGAUGAGUUCUGGACGUAUGGCAUCGAAAACACCCGAUCUGCCUGCAGGAGGUGGUGGUAUUGUUCCAACUUCAUUUCAUCCGUCCUCGAAUCCUGAAUAUAGAAACACUUUUUCGAAUGUAACAUAUAACAGAAAUAAUGGACCGAAUAACUUUGAUGCAGCUCUUCCAUCUACGUCUAAAACAUGUUUGGAUACGAGGCCUAUUAGACCCUCAAGCCGCUCUGAAAUUUCAGGAAGAUAUGCUGCAGACCAUAGAUAUUAUAAUCCAUAUAUUUCAAAUGAAUCUAGUUAUUCGCCUCGCCAAAGUCAUUACUUUGGUUAUCCGCCCCCAAAAUCAGAACAUUUUUAUCAACGGCCAAUGCCAACUCCUCCAAAUAUAUGCUUGUGUUGUGGUCAUCCACCUGUUAGACACGUAAAUGAUAACUAUCGUUAUAAUUCACGUUUUGAAAACCCGAUCACCACACCUCCAUAUUAUGGUUACAUGGAUGAGAGAUCACCAUAUUCAAAUAGAGCUACAAUGUAUCCUCGUGUUAAUGAUAUACCUGAAAAUUAUAUCGACAGCUGUCUACAGCAGCUGGAUGUAGAACCAGUAAACCAUCUUCCUCAUACAAACAACAGCUCCCAUUUAAACCAUCUUCAAACUGGUAGGAAUCGAGAACAUUUACAAACUAUUAAGCCUGAAUCUUCAAUGGUGCACAGAGCAAACUUUAAUUUUCAGGACAAUCAAUUAAAGUAUCCAGAAGAUGACCGGAAAGAAAAUAUUGAAUCCCAAUCUCUGCCGCCUAGUUUCGAAAAUCGUCGUACGAGUUUCUUUACACCAAUUGUCGAAAAUAACCAGGAUUGUCGACUAAACUUACAUUGCGAACGCCAACCUGAGAACAAUAGGCGUUUCAUAAAGGAAAUUUUCACUCCCACGCGAAAACCUCAACUACUCCAUAAUUCGCCAGGCUAUAAUCGAGUACCUACAGUACCGAAAACCACGAAUAUUCCGAUACCACAAUUUCGGCAAAGAAAUCAACUUAAUUUUAACAGUUUCGAAGAACGUCUCGAUAAUAUAAUAAUGCCCAAUCAGGGGUUUUCCUCUGGAAUCCCACAUCAGGGUGUGGAACGUUACAAUAAUUAYAAUAUGCCUCCUUGUAGCAACCCGAAUAGGCAAUUCAUUAUGGAUAGAUUUACGGAUCCUAAUAAUCAUAGAGAUACCCAGUAGAUGGAUAGGAAUAAUUCACUGUUCUUUUCCGAUAUUUGUUAGUGUUUCAUUGUAAUUAGCUUUAAGUUCAGUUCUAAAACUUCGGUCAUUUAUAUAAUUGAAUAGUUGAGUUGGAGUUUCUGCCAUUAACGAUUAUGACGUGACGUACAUUGAAAAAUAUAAAACAAUCUAACAAGGUUCA